UUUCUGCUUGCUUUGUAUAUUGACCAUUCCCUGUUUGCAUAUUCUGAAUCUUGGAUCAUUCUGCAGGUGCCGCGAGAGUGGGCUGAGCAGGCCGUGAUGCUGAUGGUGGGGAUGCGCCACCUCUUGAAGGACUGCGCUAAGGGGAGAGCCCUUCAGACGAGACCUGCCCCUGUGACUGCUUCUCCUAUUGCCACUCAGGUGCAGCCACGACGUUCAGCUAGGACGUGUCCGCAGGGCACCACGAGCCUUCCUGUUCCUGCCAGCACGCGAGGUCGGGGUGCAGGACGUGCGCCACGGCCUGCUGCGGGUGCGGGACGGUUCGAGGUUUUGCCUCGGGAGGCGUCUCAGCAGAGACCAGCUCGCAUGGAGCCGGAGGAGUCAGAGGAGGGGACAGAGGAGUCCUCCGAGUCACGUGUCCUGGGGACGUCGGACUCGAGUACUGCUUCUGGUUCUUCUGACGACGACGGUGAUGACGAGCCCGAGAGUUCUGAGUCCAAGGGACCACGACAGAAGAGAAUUCGACGGGUCUGA